UUCUACUUAUUUCACUUAGACUGGAUUGAAAUUGGAUUGUGUUUUCUGAGAGCAGAGUGUGUGUUGAGUGACAGUAAAUCUUUGACCCAUGAUUAAAACUUCUUUUAAUGAUAUAAAUGCAUGGCUGUAUAUGCAUGAAGCCUGUGACUGCAUUUUGUCUUUAAUGGAAUGUGUCCACUGAUGUUUUUCAGAAAAUGAAGCAUGAUAAAGCAGUUCAAGUCACAGCAGGGCAUCAAAAACAAAGGAAACAUCCUGGAGAGCCCAAGGGCCACUCAUCAUCUAAGAGAAGGCAAACUGCUACUGUCGCUCACGAUGUUCAUGAGCAGAAGAUGGAAAAUAAUCAAACUCCACCUGGGGGCUUCUUUUCAAAAUCUGCUUCAUCAGAGCUUAUGAAUAUGGCAGGAGAUGGUAUCCCACUCAAGCAAGUGGAUUCCCUGUCUGAUGAUUUCACUAGUCUUAGGAAAGAUGGGCCGAUUCACAAACCUAGGAAUAAUGCACUCAUAGGAGGAACCAAGAACUGCAGUGUCUCUGCAGCUGACUCCAAAGCCGCAGCAAUGUCUUCAAAGGGAACUGUGCCAAAUAAAUUGCAGAUUAGUCCUGCUAUGGCACAGAAAAUUAACGAUGAUAUAAAAUAUCAAUUAAUGAAAGAAGUUCGGAAGUUUGGACGAAAUUUUGCAAGAAUUUUCACUUUGUUUGAAGAAGUACAAGGACCUCUUGCAGUCAAGAAAAAAUUUGUUGAAUUUACCAUCAAGGAAGCUGCAAGGUUUAAAAGAGUAGUCUUAAUUCAGCAACUUGAAAAGGUCCUAGAAAAAGUUGAAUCCGACUGCCUGAGCAAAAACAGUCAAUCACAAGAAAAAUAGAUAACCGUGUUCUUGCAAAGAACAAUGAGAAGCAACUACACAUUUUCUAUGCUGCAUGGUGGGAUGAGAUGCUGUCGAAGCUUCUUAAAAUAUUGUUGUCAAGAAAAUUGCCCUUCUAGAGGCUAAGAGAAAAAGCAGUGGAGCCUUUCAAUUUUACGGUUCUCUGUCAGUAAAAGCUGGCCUAUUGCCCUAAGAAUUUCCAGUGAAAGUA